AUGACAUCACAUCUUAUGCAAAGUCUCCCUGUAAGUUAUUGUCAACUAGAAAAUCUCAAAUUUAAAUAGCUCCAUUUUUCAGGGUGGUUUGAAAUUGAGCGAGCUCGUGACGAGGCGGACAGUGCUAUCAGUAGCCGCGGGCAUCGGAAUAGGACUUGUUUUUGCAAAUUUUCUCAAAAUGUACGUUUCCUGUUUAGUAAUUACUUAAGUUUCUUCAGUAAUCUGGUGAUUUGUUUGUUUCCAACUGAAAUCCGUAUUCAUUUCAGGUGGAGAAAGCGAAGAGAGUUGCGACUUAGCAGCAUAGAGCAACAACUUGACGGAAUGGAUAUUUCAAGAGAGUCAGAAGCUUCUCAACCGCCUCCUUCGCUUCGACGGAGUCACAGUGGUCGUGGAAUGCGACCGAGCUCUUCUCAAGGCAACGAAAAAGGCAACUCUUUGAGAAAUAGUAUGAGACAAAACUCGCAGCGCAGCAUAAGCCAGAAUCCAAUCGAAGCAGAUAUUCAUAGCGGUCAGGAACUGUGCACAGAUCUUCGAAAAACCAUUGAAAAGGUGCAUUUCAAUCUGGAGAUGGUUAAGAAUCGAAGCAGCAAAGAUAUGGAGAGAUCGAUCAAGAUUGAGGCAAUUCUGAAGGGAUUGAAGCAGGUCGAGGACGAGAUCGGACUGCUCAUACCGCAAAUGGAAGACUUCAGAGAUGAAAGUGAGAAAAGCAUUUGUCCUCAAGUCAUCAACAAAAAAUAUAUUCCAGACGUCGAUUUCUAUUCUAUAAGUGGUUCCGGACACGCGGGAAGUGUUCGAACUGGUCGAUCUCGCACCCUUUCCGUACUUUCCGACGAUUCGUUCCGAUCGGCGGUAGAGGAAUUCGCCUGUGACAUCGAUGAUAUCGACUUUCCUAGUGAAGCGGCAAAUUUGGAGAAGAACGAGUUGAAGCUCCUGGACGAGGGCAUGCAGGCGGCCCUCAAUGGAGAAGUCAAGUACCGUAAAAGUCGAAUGGACUUCUGCAAUUGCGAGAGCGAAACCGACUUUGCCGCCAAACUUUAUUGCGUUCGACAGGCUCUUACAGUAAGAUUUCGUUUUUUCUCGGAUUUAAACCCAUUUCAACAUUCAGAACGCCCUGAAAGACGAGCACAAACGAGUUUGGCUGGCAAAGUGCGGUCGAACAUUGCUAGCUGAUUUUAUACGUCACACAAAACAAGACCCGAUGAAGUUCUUCCAAGCGUACGACGAAAUGCUCGAGUACGUGGCGACGGAGAGGAAUCAAGAGCAACUGCGACAGGAUGUCGAGAGCCGCGGUGUCUGCGAGACCGGAUUCUACGAUGUCGCCAUUGAUUUCAUCAUUCUCGACGCGUUCGAAGAUCUCAAAUCACCCCCGUCCGCUGUGUAUUCGGUCACUAAAAACUAUUUUAUGUCGAUGUCGAUGAAGUAUUCGACGUUGAACACUAUCAUCUGGUCGAUUAUCAAAUCGAAGCGUCAGAGGCUCAAAAACCCGGAUGGCUUCAUCGCAAAGUUCUACAACAUCUCGGAGACUGUCAUGCCGGCGAUCACUCUCGGCUUUCUGGGAACAGACGAGCGGCUAGGCGAGCUCUGUCAAUACUUCAAAGAACAAGUGGUUCAAUUCGUGCUCGACGUCUUCAAUACGCAAAGAGUUUGCUAUCGUUCACUCGACGAAAUGUCCGAAGAUGUGUGGAUCGUGAUGAGGAAUCGAUUGGAGGCCGUGCAGACCAGAAUGAGCAAUGAGCUUUUGCCUGCUUAA